AUGAUCUAGAGCUUUCUGAGCCUGCAUUCCCAGCUGCAGAAACCUCUCUGGGGUGCUUCAUUACGCUCUAGGAUCAAUGGGUAAGCUCCAUUUCGUGUUGGGUCUCACCCUUUUGCUUCUUCUUCACACUGUCUUAGCCGCGCCAUCCACUACUUCACCUGCAAAGAUUGUUAGUGGGUUUAUCUCAAAUGCUAUGCCUGCUUUCACCAAAUGGGUGUGGUCGCUUAAAGCACCCACCAAAACGGCGAUUGGUGGGAAGUCGAUGAUGAAGUUUGAGAGUGGGUACACUGUGGAAACCGUGUUUGAUGGAAGCAAGCUUGGAAUAGAGCCUUAUGCAGUUGAGGUGUUGCAUAAUGGGGAGCUUCUGAUUUUGGAUUCGGCUAAUAGUAACAUUUAUAGGAUUUCUUCUUCACUUUCUUUGUAUAGCAGACCGAGGCUGGUGGCAGGAUCUGCUGAAGGAUAUUCUGGACAUGUUGAUGGAAGGCUUAGGGAGGCUAGGAUGAAUCACCCGAAGGGGAUAACGGUUGAUGACAGGGGAAAUAUCUAUGUUGCUGAUAUAAUGAAUAUGGCAAUUAGAAAAAUUAGUGAUUCAGGUGUCACAACAAUUGCCGGAGGAAAAUAUAGUCGUGGAGGGGGCCAUGUUGAUGGUCCAAGUGAAGAGGCUAAAUUUUCUAAUGACUUUGACGUGGUUUAUGUUGGAAGUAGUUGUUCCCUACUUGUCAUAGACAGGGGUAACCAAGCCAUCAGGGAGAUCCAACUCCACUUCGAUGAUUGUGCUUAUCAAUAUGGAAGUGGAUUUCCACUUGGCAUUGCAAUGCUUGUUGGGGCUGGCUUCUUUGGUUAUAUGUUGGCACUAUUGCAGCGUAGACUUGGUACAAUUGUAGCAUCUCAGGAUCCUGAGGGUCCAGCAAUCUCUGGCAUUUCACCAAGUCCAUAUCAAAAGCCAGUGAGGUCUGUCAGGCCUCCUUUAAUUCCAUCAGAAGAUGAAUUUGAUAAGCAAGAAGAAGGUUUCUUUGGAUCCUUUGGGAAGCUUCUUACCAAUGCUUGGGCAUCAAUAGUGGAAAUAAUGGGAGGAUUAUUUCCUGGUUUCAGAAGAAAACCACAGAGCUAUGAAUUUCAAAGCCAACCGAUAUUCCGGCAACCUCAAAAACAAGUACAUGCUUGGCCUGUGCAAGAAAGUUUUGUGAUUCCAGAUGAAGAUGAGCCCCCUUCUAUUGACACAAGAACCCCAACACCUCGAAAAACAUAUCCUUUCAUGUUCAAGGACGCAGAAAAAAUGCAACAACUGUGGCAAGGUCGAGCAUUCUAUAGUGGAUGGGAUGGAGAUCUUCAGCAGCAGCAACAACAACAACUUAAACAUCAUCAUCGUCACCAGUAUCAUUCAUCAAUCCCUCACACUUACUAUGAGCAAAGCCACGAGGAAACCAAUGAGAUAUUAUUUGGGGCAGUGCAGGAGCAGGAUGGGAAGCAAGAAACUGUAGUUAUCAAGCCCGUGGAUUAUGGUCAAUCUCUCUAUGAUCAUCACGAUAUUCGGUCUCGAAUCAGUUCUAUGGGUUAUAUCCACAAGUACUAGGUAUAUAUACAAUCAGAAAGAUUAGGAGUAAUGAAUCCCCUAUCCAAGCUUUAAUUAGAGAAGGGAGGAUGGGGAUGAAACCAAGUUCACGAAGUGUAAUGAUUUCUUUGAAACAGUGGAAUCCUUGUAAAGAGGAGCUGAUCAUCAAAAUAUUAAUUGUUCAAUCAGUUUUGCCAAAUUGUUGGUCGCUUUGGCCAUAAUUUGAGGAUGAGAUCAAGAAAUUUUAGCUCGAUAAUUUUCCUUCUGAUGAUGUUUAAAUGUCAAGCAGAAGUUCUCUGCCAUUCAAUAUAGAUAAAUUAUAUGCUUUAUUUUUUCCCUUUGUCCCAGCUUCAAUCUGAAAGUUGUGACAUGUUAAGAGUUUUUCUUCCUCUAGAAGUAUAAACAUUAGAUCAUUGUACUUUGUAGGGUACCAUGCAAACUUUUAAUGUUUGUUAUGCUUCUAGACAAAUAAAAUCUCCUCCUCUUAGAGCAUGUCAGAACUUGUGUUUGAUGAUAUCAGUGUUUCACUUACCCUUUUGCAGUUCUUCCAAAUGCAGAACAGUUACAAUAAAUAAAUCAAUCCUGAACUGAAUUUCUUAAUCUAGGUAGAUUGACAAGGAUGAAGGGUCCCAAGGUUAAAGUUGUUGCCCAUGGAUCACUUUUUAAUUUCCAUGUAUAUUAAAUUAAAAAUAAAGCAGCUAUCGGUGAUUGAAAUUAAAAAACAAUAGUUGUGACAAAUGAAUGUAGAGAAUUGAAGGGGGUCAUAAAUUGAUAAUUGAUGGUAAUAAUUGAAGGUGGAAGCUGGUAAGGGGAGUGACCACCGGAGUGUGUCAACACUAAAUUUCCACUCAAGUGGAUCUCGACAUGACAUGUUGGGAGCUCCCACUAGCCACUACACGUGAGUGACAUUAUGACAUUUUGCAUUAUUAAUUUCUCAAUACUUAACAUUGUCUUAAAUAAUUUUUUAUUGACUUAAUUUGAUCCAAAUAUCAAUUAUGUUUAAAACUAAUUAUAAAACAUAUUGAAUUUCAUUCUCAAAUUAGUAUGGUAUUUAUCUUUUUCUCUAGUUUGAUAUUCAAAAUGAGUUAUUUAUCUCUCUCUCAAAUUAGGAAGAAAAACUUAAUUUGAGCAUUUAUAAAAAUAAAGAAAUUAAAUGUGAAUAAAGGGACUAAAAUCAUACAUACGUUAAAAAUAUAAGGACCAAAAGUGCAACUAAAUUAAUAUUUUUUAUAAAAUCAUCUGCGAAUAAGACUUAACACUAGGAUAUCAAACACAAUUGAUAUAAAUGUUUAGAGCAGAUCAAAGCUUAACUAGUUCUUCAAUUUGUACCAUCUUUGAAAAAUGUAUGUAAGUAACAUUUGCAGUUAACUUAGUGCAUGUUUGAGAAAUUAAACCAAUAAUCCAAGCUUUGCAGUCUCUUGCAUCAAAGAUGCCUUGGGGUAUGAUCUCUGGAAAAGUAGAUGAGAUUAAAUACAAAGAUUUCAAAUUUUGAAUUAUUAUGAAAUAUACAUCGACGAGAAUCGGCUAAGCACAAUGAAUACCAAAAAAAUUAAAAAUACACAGAGAAAUGUGGAUCGGGUGAAUACAGGAUGUGGCUCUUGGUUUAUUUUUGUCAACAUCCCUGAUGGGCUUUUUUGGGUUAAUACGGCUGUUGGGUUUAAAACAAAUGAUCAGCCUCAAGGCCUUCUUUUUUGGGCCCCCAAGGUCGUCUCAAGUUGUAAGGAUAGAUAAUGAAAAAAACAAAAUGGAAUGAUAUGCAAUUAUCCGAUCCUGUUAACAAAAAAUAGUUGAAUAUAAGAGGCUGGGCCCGAUUCUAGACUGGGAUAACUUCAUGGAGAUUUAUUUUUUAUACUUUCCUGCUUUUAUUGGAAAUUUUAAUUUUAAAACUUUUAUAAAAUGUACAUUUUGAAAUAGAUUUAUAAGUUAUGUUUUUAAUGCGAUUUAAAUUUGUAAUUUAUCUGUUGAAGUUUAAUUUUCAGAAUGUAUUAAAUUUCCCUUCAAAAAUUAAAUUCCAGCAAAUCAAUUUGAAAAUAUAAUUUUCAGAAGUAAUAAAAAUAAAUUAUCUUCA